AUGAUUCAUCUAAUCAUCUCAUCUAAUGCUUCAAGUGAUCUAAAUAUUCAUUUGUCUAGACAUGAUGCCUCUACAAGUAGCAGCUCUCUAGACAAUUGGGUAAAUAAUGUCAUAAACAUUGCUGGUCUAAUUGAUAUGGGUUAUUCAGGGAGCCAUCACACUUGGUCUGACGGAAUAAAUGGGAAGGGUUACAAAAGAGCUAGCAUUGACAUGGCAUUACAGAAUUCAAACUGGUUACGAGAAUAUCCAGAUUCUAAAGUGAUACAUCUUUCAUUCUUAGGGUCAGAUCAUUGCCCGAUUCUUCUCAUUACAGAGUCAGAUUCUUGUGGACCUAGGAAUGCUUGGAAAUUUUAUAAAUGUUGGCUUCGAGACCCAAAAUGCUCAGAACUCAUAUAUGAUGUCUGGAAUUCUUCUUUCAACGAUAAAAGAUAA